AUGACUGUCUCCUUAACACAGGAAAAAAUCCAGCGCAUAAGGGAAAGAUGCAAGAAAAUGAUGGAGCUUGUUGAGCUCCCAAUCCAGGAACUAGCUAGCUUCAUAGGGCUUUUAGUGUCAAGUUUUCCUGGAAUCUUAUAUGGACCACUGUAUUAUAGACAACUUGAGAGGGAUAAAACUACAGCCUUAAGACAAAACUAUGGCAAUUAUAAUGCUCAAAUGAGAUUAUCCCAAGAAAGCCUUUCAGAGAUAAAGUGGUGGUAUGAUAACAUACAGACAAAUAACUACCCCAUAUUAUUGCCUAAUUCAAAGGUUGAUGUAAUAAUUUACACCGAUGCAUCAACUAAAGGAUGGGGAGCUGUCAAAGAGACAGAGAAAAUAGGGGGUAGAUGGUCAGAGGAAGAAGCAAAAUAUCACAUUAAUUGUCUGGAGCUGUUAGCUGCAAUUUUUGGACUUAAGGCAUUUUGCAAAAAUGAGCAAGGCAUUCACGUUAAGAUUUACUCUGAUAACUCUACAACUGUGAACUAUAUUAAUGCUAUGGGAGGUGUACAUUCUAGGGAAUGUCACACUAUUGCUAAAGAUAUUUGGCAGUGGUGCAUAGAAAAACAAAUAUGGUUAACAGCUGCUCAUAUCCCAGGGACCAAAAAUGUUGAGGCAGAUCGGGAAUCACGCGUUUUCUCAGACAACAAGGAAUGGAUGAUAAGAUCUGAUAUUUUCCAACAGAUCACAGAUAUCUGGGGGGAGCCCUCCAUAGACCUCAUUGCAUCCAGACUAAAUCAUCAGGUUCCAUGCUAUGUAUCCUGGAAACCUGACCCAGGGGCAGCCUUUAUUGAUGCAUUUUCUUUUAAUUGCAAGAUGCCUACAGAAAAUACAAACCGAUUGUGCAGAGGGAUUGAUGAUAGUUCCAAUGUGGCCAACCCAGAGUUGGUAUCCCAAACUUCUUCGCAUGUUAGUGGCUGCUCCAAGAGUGUUACCACAACAACGAACUGCCUUACAAAUGCCGGGGAUGCCACAAGAAGUCCACCCCCUAUUCAGGAAAAUGGUUCUGAUUGCAUGCAGAUUGUCCGGCAGUCCUAUGAGACACAAGGAAUUUCUCAAAAGGCAACCUCCAUCAUCUUACAGUCCUGGAGGAAAGGAACUACAAAGCAGUAUUCAUCUUACAUCAAAAGAUGGACUACAUAUUGUCAUAAAAAACAGAUUGAUCCAGUUUCUGCCACUGUCCCCCAGGCACUAGAUUUUUUAGUGGAGCUAUUUGAGUCAGGCAUCGGUUACAGUGGUAUUAACACUGCAACACUUCUAUCCAGUGUCUUAAAGCCUGUGGACGGGAUGACUUUUGGAGCACAAGAGAGUGUUAAGAGGUUCUUAAAAGGAGUUUACGAAGCAAGACCCUCCAACCCAAGAUAUACUGAGACAUGGGAUGUGAGCAAGGUUCUGAACUAUCUUAAGACAAUCUCUAUUACAGACUGCUCACUAAAGGAUCUGACUUUAAAAUUAGUCACUUUAAUGUCAUUAGUAUCAGCUCAACGGGGGCAGACAAUUCACUACUUGUCUUUGGAGGACAUGGUUGUUUCAGAAACUUCUGUGACUUUUAUUAUCUCCAGGCCUAUUAAACAGUCUAAGCCAGGGUCGAAACCCACUGUUGUUAAGUUUGAAGCUUACCCGGACAACCCUAACAUUUGUGUUGUCACUACUUUGAAGGCAUAUCUUAAUCGUACCUCUUCUCUACGUGGAGGUGCACAACAAUUGUUUAUUAGUCAUUACAAGCCAUUUAAACCAGUUUCCCGGGACACCAUCAGUAGAUGGGUCAAAGCUGUAAUGCAAAAGUCAGGAAUUGAUGUAAACCUUUUCAAGCCCCACAGUACUAGGGCUGCCGCAACAUCUAAGGCUUUGUUGAAAUCUGUACCAUUAGAGCACAUCUUAUCAGUUAAAGGAUGGAGCUCAUCUGACACUUUUGCAAAGUUUUAUAGCAAGCCUGUUAUCAACACAGAUAGCUUUUCUAACGUUUUGUUACAAGAGUAA